CCUUUAUUGAAAUCCGGGAGCCAAUGGGAGGAGAGAGGCUUGUUUAUUGCGUCCAAUGGCAGCUGCAGGACAGAAAUUAGAAGCAGAAACUCAAGGUUUGGUUCAAAAAAGAUGACACAGAGCCUGUCGGGCUGGACCACUCUUGGCAAAGUUUCAGUCUGACAUACACCAGGACCUACAUGGAUCUACUGUAAAGGAAAGCGAGCGUUUUAUAGGGGAAUUCAUACAGUUUUGAGCCAAUAUUUCUAUUCACCAAGGAUGGAUCAGCCAACGAACACACAGACCCAGCAUCAACACGAACCCAUCAGCUUUGGAAUUGAUCAGAUUUUAAAUAGUUCUGAUCAGGAAAACUCUUCCCAGCCUGCCCCCAGAGGAUCAGACAACACAAAUUACCUGGGAAGCCCUGUGAGCAGAACAAGUGCCCCUUAUCCUUCCCUUCCAGCUUCCUUCCCUGGCAUCGGGGCGCCUUUUGAAGACUCUGGAUCUUACAGUGUGAAUCUGAGCUUGGCUCCAGCUGGAGUGAUCAGGGUGCCAGCUCACAGACCCAUCCCUGGGGCUGUGCCACCUCCAAUUUCUAGUGCCAUCCCAGCUAUGCCAGCUGUCCCCAGCCUUGGCAGCCUCAACUUCCCUUGGAUGGAGAGCAGCAGGAGAUUCGUAAAGGACAGAUUCACAGCGGCGGCCGCGCUCACCCCCUUCACCGUCACCCGGCGGAUCGGGCACCCCUACCAGAACCGCACCCCGCCCAAGCGCAAGAAGCCGCGCACCUCCUUCUCCCGGGUGCAGAUCUGCGAGCUGGAGAAGCGCUUCCACCGGCAGAAGUACCUGGCCUCGGCCGAGAGGGCGGCGCUCGCCAAGUCCCUCAAGAUGACGGACGCGCAGGUCAAGACCUGGUUCCAGAACAGGCGGACCAAGUGGCGGAGACAGACCGCAGAGGAAAGGGAAGCGGAGAGGCAACAGGCGAGCAGGCUGAUGCUCCAACUCCAGCACGACGCUUUCCAGAAAUCCUUGAACGAUUCAAUCCAGCCCGACCCCCUCUGUCUACACAACUCCUCGCUCUUUGCACUGCAGAACCUCCAGCCCUGGGAGGAGGAGAACUCCAAGAUCCCACCUGUUACCUCGCUCGUGUAAAGACUUGGGGUCGGGGCGGGAGGACAGACAGACAGACAGACAGCGCCUCCCCCACCUCUCCCUGCAUGACCCAAGCCGGGCACGGAGCAGAGUUUGGCGGACAGUUUGCUCCAGCGAAAUGACUGGUCUCUACCCGGGGUGGGCCGAGGCCAGCUUCGGGCGGCGGGACCCCCACGCCGAACUGUUCCCAGUCCGCAGCCUCCCGCCCGCAGCAAGUGGUCUGCGAGAUGGUGGCGUUAGAGCUAGAUCGCUCUGCGGGAUGUUUUGGUGAACGCGCUUCUCCUUUAAGCCGGGGGUCCUGGGCUUGUCAGACGGAAACUUGGACAAAGGGCUCCCGGAGAGAUCGCUCGUGCCCCCCAAAUCAGCCCCAGUGAACUUGCGGAGGGGAUUAAACCUGAGUUUACAAACCCAUGGAGAGUGUCUGCAUCUGGAACGGGUGCAUGAACUUUGCAAAGAGGGUUUGCUGGGUAGCCCUUGAAGGAAGACGGGAUCUCAUCUCUGGUGGCCAAACUGGGUGUCAUUUCCCCGAAAUGGGCUGGGGGAAAUAAUCUGGAAGCGAAAGCAAUUGCCAGACCUAUUACUAACGUCACCCCGUUUCUUCCCGGAGGGUGUGUAACGCUCGCAGGUUAUUCUAUAGCCCAGGACAAAAUAAUCACCAGAGUAUUAGCAUCCUGGAGAACUGGACGCUUUAUCAGCUCCAUUUGUAAAUUCAUAUCGCUUAGGAAAGGGAAAUGUCACUUUUCUUUGGUAAGAAGUGUUAAAUAAUUUAAUUUAUUUCUGCAUUGAGAUUUCGGGCACUGUUAAUAUGGAUAUAUAAUAACUGGAUUAUUUAUUCCAAAAUCGGAACAUAAGUAUUUAUGUUGGCUGUGGAACAAAAGGCAAUUUUCCCCCUAUUUUUAGGAGAAUCUAAAAAUAUAUAUCACUUAGCAGAGGAAACUAAAUGGAUCUUGUGACUCAUUAGCUUAGGAAACCCUAUUAAACUGAAAAGCAGUAGCGUCCAUCUGUCCCAGGUGAAGUUAAUGUCAUCUGUAAUUUAUUCACCAUAGUAAUAAGGGCUCCUUUCAGGCAACGCACUCUUUAUUUUGUCCUAACCUCCUUCUAAGCUUAGCACACAGAAAGCAGCACCUGAACCCGACAUCUUUUGCCAUCGACUCUAGAGAAAGCGCCUUAUGUUUCAUAAUAAAGAAGAUCUGGGGUUGACACCGACCAUGUAUAAUACUUUGUACUU